UUUACAUUAAAAAGUGUAAAUAAACCAGUUCCCGGCAAGAUGUCCGUCACCGCGGUCGCGCGCGCGGCGCUCUGUGCGGCGCUGCUGACUACUGCCGCUCUGGCCGGGGUGCUGACAUCAGGAAGUGUACCAAAAGCUCCAUACCUGGAGCUGAACGACGGGCACCGGCUGCCGCAGCUCGGCCUCGGCACGUGGCUCGGGAACAGCUCACAGGGUCGCAUAAAGCCGCAAGGCCACGAGGUGCAGCAGGCGGCGGAGUGGGCCAUCGCCGCGGGCUACCGGCACAUCGACACAGCCAGGGUCUACGGCACGGAGCCCCAGGUCGGCGCCGCCAUCAGGGAAGCAGUGCGGCGGGGAGAUGUGAAGAGGGAAGACCUAUUUGUUACCACUAAGCUGUGGAACGACCGGCACGCGCGCGAGGCGGUGGUGCCAGCGCUGCGGGAGUCGCUGGCGGCGCUCGGCCUGGACUAUGUCGACCUCUACCUCGUGCACUGGCCCAUUGGACAGUUCGCCAACGGCAGCUACGACCCGACAGACCACCUCAGCACUUGGCGCGGCAUGGAGGAGGCGCGGCGGCUCGGCCUCGCGCGCUCCAUUGGGCUCUCCAACUUCAACCAGAGCCAGAUCGAGGGCAUCCUGGCCGGCUGCGAGGUCAAGCCAGCCGUGCUGCAAGUCGAGAUGAACCUCAACCUGCAGCAGGAGUCUCUCCGCGCGUACUGCUCCUCUCGCGGCAUCGUGCUGACGGCCUACACGCCCUUCGGCUCGCUGCUGAAGGGCGGCGCGGGGGCGGGGGCGGGGGCCACCAGGGUCGACGAUCCCACGCUGGUGGAGAUGGCGGGGAGGUACAACAAGACCGUGCCGCAGAUUGUUCUUCGAUACUUGAUGGAGCUAGGAGUAGCAGCAAUACCGAAGACCAUAACCAAGCAGCGAGUAGAACAGAACAUCGACAUCUUCGACUUCCACCUAACCGCCGCCGACCGCGCCGCGCUCCGGGGCUUCGACGCGGGGCUCCGGACCAUCGCCGGGGGGAGGUGGGCGGACUCCCCGCAGUACCCGUUUGAGAGGAGUGAGGAGUGAGCGGUGAUGAGAGAGAAGAGAGGUGUCUGGGUGGAGGGUAUGGACAAGUGAAAAUACAUAAAGUGUGAAAUUUGAACAAUGUAGCAGUGCCGGUGGUAAAGGCAAAAGAAAUAGUUAAAUAAAUAAAUAUACCUAAUACUAAAUAUAACAUUCACUCUAUGUGAGUUUCGAUUACCUAGUUAAGCUUUGGGCAUAUACUUAGUUUCCAUCAAUAAAAUAUGCAUUGUAGAAAGGAUAAGUAUAAUUUUAAAUUCUAUAA